AUGCUACACAGUUACUUACUGCCGAAUCUGCCUCUGUGUGUAGACCUGGACUCUGUUGGUAGAGCUGCGUACGUUGGAUACGAAGAUGGCAAUCUACAGAUCAUCGACUUUUACAAGGGCUCAUCCCUUGUCCAUCCACUUCACGACCGUAGUCAGCAAUAUACGCCUACACAGUUAUUGGAAGCAGAUGUAUGGACGACUAAAGGAGACCAUAAAUCCUCAGCACUGUGUUUGGCAGUGAGCUACGAUGGAACUUUCAUUCUCUCUGGACACGAAGACGGAAAGAUUCUUUCUUGGGAUAUUUCAAGCGGACGAUACAGACAGAUUGCAGAUUUUGCGGCUCCUGUCACGAACCUAAAGAUGCUACCCCCAAUCGGCUUUCUAAAUUUACCCAAGAAGUCAUUGAAGCUCCACAAUGUUGUCAAGCCAAGAUACGAGAAUGUGACGGAUACGAAUCGCGGGACAACAGGAAUCCCUCAAGACUACAAUAUCUCGGUUCAAUUAUGCACAGACCUGCCGGCCACAAAUGCAACAGAUUACAACAGCUUCUGCGAGGAACUUACCCAGCCAUCUUUCUUACCAGGUCUUCUGCAAGAAUACUUGGCUGAAACAGUCGCUCAAGACGACAGUGGCUUUGGUCAAGAUUCUGAGACAUCUAUAGAGCUCAAGAAACAGAACACAUCGAUAGCUCAGCAGCUUCAAUCGACGAAAGAGAGAAUGAAAGAAUUGGAGCGAGCUAGUUGGAGACGAAAGCAGGAGGAUGAGAUCAAAGCGGCUAGAAAGAAACGACGGCGUCUUAGAGAAAUCAAGAUUGAUGAGGUCAAGAGAAGAAGGCAUAUGGGAGUGCCUAUUGAAGGGAGCGAUGUUGAGAUGGAAGAGGAGGAUGAGGAUGAGGAUGAUGCUAGUUUGAGCAGCGAUACUGAUGAGAUCACUGAUAGCAAUUAA